GCAUGUUUUCUACGCAUGCGCAGUGCUCGCAGGAAUAUGUUCUCUCUUCACUGGACAAAAACGAAUGAAUGAGUCUUCAGCGUUUCCUUUCAUUUUAAUGAGUAAUUUACGGGUUUUAUACGCGUUAUAAGUGUCAGUUUGUGCUUUUUAUGGCAAGGUUUAUCGAGGCGACGGUAAAUUCUAUUUCUGUUUGCCGUUAUUAAGUCGCUCAGCCAAUGAAAACAGGCCACGGUUAGUUUGUGUAGCAUUUAGCACAAUAAUACACGCAUUAUGGAUUAUCAGGAAAAAGCCAAUUCUGUUGCUGAUCGUCUUUUAAGUUACAGGAAAGACGAAUCCGGCUGGAAAAUCUGUAAAAAAACGAAUGAUGUCGUGGUCUAUUGGCGACCUUCAUCUGAAUUCCCUGGAAAUUUAUAUAAGGGAGACGGAAUAGUCAACGGCAGUCCACAGAAAGUGUGGGAGUGUUUGAAACCAGUUCCAAAUGGGCUUCGUCUUAAAUGGGACAACAAUGUGAAGAAGUUUGAGCUGCUGGAGCAGGUUUCUACAGACAUCACAGUAUGCAGAACCGUCACUCCCUCUGCUGCUAUGGGUGUUAUAUCACCACGAGACUUUGUAGAUGUUAUUUUAGUCAAGCAAUAUGAAGACGGCACGAUUACAUCAAAUGCGACUCAUGUGAGCCAUCCUGCUUGUCCUCCUCAGCCUCGCUACAUACGGGGCUUUAAUCAUCCAUGCGGCUGCAUCUGUGUGCCUGUGCCUGGGGAAGCAGGUAAAACCCAGCUCAUCAGCUUCUUCCAGACUGAUCUUGGAGGUCUGCUUCCUCGUUCCGUCGUUGAUUCAUUCUUCCCUGGCAGUAUGACUGAGUUUUACACGAACCUCACUAAAGCCGUAAAAUCUCUCAAAUAGCACUAAAGGCACUUUUCCUGGGAUUUUUUGAUCCUCGAUGUGUUUCCCAGUGAGCACCAUCUGACCAUUAUUGAUUUUGACUUCAAAUUGAAGUCAGCGCUGGCCCAGGCCUUGAUCUGACCUCUGAAAUAUAUGUCCUGUUUAGUCCAUUUUAAAUCUGAACUCUUGCAUGUGUGACCAAAAGAGCUGUAUUUUCUAAAAUCAUUCAUUUGAGAUGAAAUUCGAACAACUUGAAAAAAAAGGAAAAUUCUCACUGGGUUCACGUUUAUUUUUAUUUUAUUUUUAUUUUAUUUUUUUACUGAGAAUCUAAUAUCAUUUUAGAAGGUGCAGAAGAGAAAAGAAACAGCUGCUAAGAAACUACAGCAAAAUCACACACACAAUCGUGACCUUUACUGACUAUACAAUGCGGUACUGUACUAUCUGGAACUAUUUAGAACUGGGAAAAAUAAACUAAGCAAUGUACAGGCUAAGCAGGUGAACAGGAGGCACCACGUUAUAUAUUCCAAAUCAUUUUCUUACAUUUUUAUGCAAAUACUUAAAAAAAAAAAAAACAUUUAAUAAGGGAAGUGAUCACAUUUUUCCCCCCAGUGUUUCAAAAAUAGCUUAGAUUUGGUAAUGUAUACUUUGCACAACUGUCUAUCUAGCCAGUAUUAAUUUUUUUUUAAAGCCUCAUAAUUUAUACCUAUAAUGAUAAUCAAUGUUUUAGAAAAUAAGUAACUUCUCUAACUUCUAACAAUUUCUCAUUAAAACCCCACAGUGCCACAGUUUCCCCACAUUACUGUAGUCAGAGUUGUUUUACUCAAGCGGUACUUAUUUUUAUUCCACUUGCUUGUAACGCUCAAGUGAGAAACAUUUUUAGUCGUCUUUUAUUCUAAAGGUCAGAGCAAUUCCAGGUUUGUUUUCAUAUUGGGGCUGCGUGCAAUGCAGCUGUGGUGGAGGAAAUGAAGCAAAUUCCAACAUGAGCAUAAGUGUCUUAAAAAUCCCACUUUACAUGCAAACUGGGAUUGUGGGUAGUAAUAGAAUUGCACACAUGGCACGAGCUAAAGGAGCUAAGCAAUGUGGUUCACUGGCUAUAAAUGACUUUAUAUCAUAUUAUAUAUAAAUAGUGUGAGUAGCGUGUUCACACUAAAAAAAGAACUGCAUUUAAAGCACUCCGAUGAUGCUCUUAUUCAAAUCAAGAACAUUUGUCCUAGCUUUGCUAACAUAGUAGACGGGUGAGGCUAAAAGGCACUGAUGCUGGAUGGGAAAACUUUUUCAAGAGCCAGCAACAUCUCACAAACGACUUUUAAUGUUUCUCACAUUGUGUGAUUUAUUUAAAAAAUCCACGUUUUCUGCUAAAGCGCUAUACUUCUGGUUAAUUAAAAAUUAGCUCCCGUUUUAGACAUUAAUACAAAUGUUUGUAGGUGCUACAUCAAAGGUGAUGACGGGAACUAACUUGUUUCGCACACAUUCCCUAACCUUAUCCUGAUAAGUAGUAUGACAUUAGAGAAAUGAAGCCUUUGUGAGCCUUAUCUCACAUCACAUCAUCACAUUCAUUAACUAUUUUCAUAUAACAGAACAUCUUUUAACGAACAUCUUUUAUUUCUUAGGUAUAAUUAGGCAAAGGUCCCGAUCACAACAUAUGUAAGAAAAGCCAGUUUUUUUUAUGCGAGUUUCUUUUCUAUUCUGUACUUUUAAAACCAACAUUUGGGAAUACAUUAAAGGAAAAGUCUCGGUAUUUAAUACGGAUACAUCAGUUUGAUACCGAAUAUCGAUGUCAGACUGAAGAUGUCCUGACUCAUUGGACUGGUUUGAAACAUUCCAGAAACGUGUGACGUCACCUGGCACAACACAAAUCUUGCACAUGUCCAUGCCUGAGAAAUUUUGCAUUGCUUAACAACAGAAGCUCACAGAGUUAAUAUGAUUACUGUGAGGAUGACACUCGUCAUGAGGUUUUCAUCAUUAGCUGACAGAACUUGAAGCUAACAGGGUGUCGUAACAGCUAAACUUUUUAAACCACUUAUUGUACAUAGUCAAUAGAGGAGCAGUAUCGGAUAGCAGCUCCGAUACUGUUAUCAUGUGUUAUCUUACAAUGGGAUGUGUGAAUCCCUGGUACAAAACCAAUUUUUACUUCUACAGAGAAAAUAGUGCAAUAUGACCAUUUUUAUGCAAUGACCCCAAGUGUGUUUCGGUAGGCUGGAUUCAGGCACCAGACAUUUUCGGAAACUUAAAAAAAAAUCGGUUGCUUCCGAUUUCAGUUGUUAAGUGCAUUUUUAUUUUACUAAUUAUUAGCAUUCUAGGUAUUAGAGAUUAUUUAUGUGAUCUUUGGAAUUCCUUUUUUUUAACAUAAACUGUUUGACCAUUUAAUGUUACUUAUAAUAAUGAGGGAAUUAUCUGUGAAAUCUAGCAGAUUAAGUGUCCGCUUGCUAUAAAUGACCUUUGUCAUGCUUAGUGGCCACACUGAUGGACUGUCAAUUUAAGGUUGUGUUUAGGAAUAUAUUAGGUCUUGAUCAAGUCCACAACACUCUCAAGUAAUGGGGACUUGAUCAAGACCUAAUAUUUUCCUAAAAACAUGUAUAUUUUGUACAUGUUCUGUUUAAGAGUUGUGAUCAUCAUCCUGUAAUAUCACUUUUUUUUAUUCAUUUAUUUUAUUUAUUUUAUUUUUAUUUUAUUUUUUUUAUUUUUUUUAACACCAAACAGCCAUUAACAUAGCAUUAACAUAACCACUGACAAGAGAUGUGAAUAACACAGAUCAUGUCAUUUUAAUGGCACCUGUAGGGGUCGGAUAUAUUAGGCAGCAAGUGAAUAGUCAGUUCUCGAAGUUUAUUUAUAUUUAGUGUUGGAAAAAUAAAUCUGAGAGACUUUCUCAAGGACCAAAUUAUGAUGGAUAGCCGACUGGGACGGAGCAUCUCCUAAACAGCAGGUCUUGUGGGUUAUUCCCUGUAGCAAUGGUUAGUACCUACCAAAGUCUUCUAAGGAAGGAUAACCAGUAGACCAGCAAAAGAGUCAUUGGAAUCUAAGGCUCAUUGUUCCAAUCCCAAAGAAGAGCUUCUGUUAAUGCUAGCCAUGAUAAAAAGAUGUCAGAAUACACAGUGCAUCCAGCUUGCAACAAAUGAAUCUGAUCCAUCGAGGUGCUACCUCACAAUUUACAGGACUGAAAGAAUCUGCUGCUAACAUCUACCACAGCACAUCUUCAUAGGUCUUGUGGAGACCAUGCCUCGACGGCUCAGAGAUAUUUUGGUUGCGCAAAGGGGAACUGCACAAUAUUAGGCAGGUGGUUAUAAUGUUAUUGCUGAUCCAUGUAUAUACACACUGGAUAAUGUUGCACACAUCUAUAAUAGCUGAUGUUGCGUAAAACUUGAAUCCAGCCAACGUCUGAAGUCCAGCAUAGCUUGGUUAGCUCUAGAGAACACCAACCUGUGCUCGACUCCAAACAUAAAGUUACACAAAUGGGGUCAAUAUGGCUACUAGUUCAUUUUUAGAGAACACACACUGAACACCAUAGUCUGUAUUUAAAAACCUCAUUUUCAUUUAGUACUGGCAAAUUCCUGCAUUUCAAUUACUUUUAUAUUACUUGUGAACUGAUUACCUCAAUUUUCAAUCUUGUCUGACAUUCCUUUUCCCUGGCUUUAAUGCUAGUUGUACCCCGUAUGUGCCUGCAGUCUUUUUGGUGUCUGCAUGCCUAGUCAUAUUGUAGGAGUGGAAAGAAAAUGACAUGCAGAUGAGUUACAGCUGAAACAAUUUAUGUAGAUGUUACUGGCUUUAUUUGAAUUUUGUAAGAAUGGAAAUCUUGAACAGAGAUAAUAAAGGGAGGACUAAUCUGAUUCCCAAACAUUAAACUGUAAAGAUCGAAGGAAAAAUACACAGUAGUCAGGACUUUCACUGUGAUGUUUACAUACUGCUGGAAAGCUUGAAACUUGAUGGAAAGUUGCACAAAAGGAUUAAAUGCUGUUUGGGGAUGUAAUCUGCCGCAAAGUGUGUGUGUGUGUGUGUGUGUGUGUGUGUGUGUGUGUGUGUGUGUGUGUGUGUGUGUGUGUGUGUGUGUGUGUGUGUGUGUGUGUGUGUGUGUGUGUGUGUGUGUGUGUGUGUGUGUGUGUUUCAGUCUCGUGUCUUUACUGUUCCAUUCAAAAAGCAUGACUGUGUGUUGUUCAGUGAAGUUGAUUAUCCUGAAUGCAUGUCUAUUGGUUAGAAACAUGUUUGUUGGUAAUUUGAACAAGGCAUUAGCUCCAGUGCCUGAAUUGUUUAGGAUUAUAUGUAUUUUACAUUUUUGUUAAAAAUAGAGCAAUUGAAUUUUUUUUCUGAACAUGUGAAAAUAAUAUUUUAAAAUAUAUGAAUGAAUAAAGUUAUGUUUAGUACGUUGA